AUGGCGCAAUCAGCAGCCCCCAAUAACCCAUUUAUCAAACAACUAGUCCACAAUGACCGCCAAGUCCGCGACAAAGCCGUCCUCUCCCUUCGCACCUUCCUGUCCCGCAGCACCCCCUUCACCCACCUCGACUUCCUAAAACUCCACAAAGCCCUCUUCUACACAAUGUGGUCCUGCGACAAACCGUCCCCGCAACGCCGUCUCGCCCUCGAUCUCUCGGCUUUGGUAUCUCUCCUCAGCACACGCGCGAAUUUCCUAGGUUUCAUGCGCGCGUUCUGGGAAACCAUUGCCAGGGAAUACACGGCCAUCGAUUCUUUACGCAUGGAUAAGUUUCUGUUCUUGAUAAGAAGUUUUGUGAAUGCUGGGUUUGCGUUUGUCGCGAAGGAUUCGUGGAAGGAUGGAAAGACACGCAAGGAUUAUUUGGAUUUGAUCAGGGAGAUUCCGUUGAAUCCUAGGGAGCCCAAGGUGCCUAAUGGGUUGAAAUAUCAUGUUGUGGACGUUUAUGUUGAUGAGCUUGAGAAGGUCGGUGGGGAGGAGGGGACAAUGGAGGCGGAGAAUACACCGUGGGAGGAGAUGAUGGCGCCGAUGGUCGAGUUGGGGGAGAAGGGUGUCUUGAAGAGUGUGAGGAAGAAGGUGGCAGAAGCACUGGAUGAUGAGAGGGUAAAGGUGUGGUUGGGUAUUGAGGAUGAUGAUGAGGAGUUGAGUGAGAUUGAGGGUGAGGAGGUCGAUGAUGAGGAAGAGGAUGAGGAGUUUGGUGGCUUUGAUGAUUGA